GAGACACUGGAGACUGUAAGUCAGUAAGAACAGGAAAAACUGAUGAGAGAGACCAGGGGGAAAAACUGACACGUGUGGAAGAGCGGCAGGUGGAUCAGACACAGACAAACGUGUUUUUUUUUUAUUUCAAGGAUGUUCAUUUCUUCUCCUGAACCCGAACCUGUGCAGGAGGACAAAAAGGACGGGAUGUGUAUUCAUGCUGUCUGUUGCUGUGGGUCAUAAAGUGGGUCAACACCUGAGAAGGAGCUGAAGGGAAGCAGCCCCGGCUGACAGAAGACAGGUCUGACUCAACUGAGAUAGAGAGAGAGGAGAGGAGAGGCGAGAAGAAGUGGCUGCGGACACCAGACGGACAGAAUGCAGAUUUACAAAGACAAGGCUUUUGGCAACUGAACACAUUGGAGAGGUGAAUGGUUUGUCAGGCGCAGUCUGACCCGUGAACAGCACCUUUUUUUAGUUUUACAUCUUGACAAACAAUCUUGAACUGGUUUUACAGGCUACAUGUGAACUAAUUCAACGAAAUUGACUCUGCUGCUGGAAUAUAUUGAGCCUGGUGACCAACUGUAUCUUUCCCUGGAAGAAAGAGAAGUGGAGUUUUUCUGCAUUUCCUUUCCUAUAACCCUGCCUUUUUAAAUUCAAAACUGGGCAAUUGUAUCAAUACAGUACGGGAAGGAUAAUUUCCUCCAGUUUGACUCAUCCACAUCCCCAGACAGAGACGCCCACUCCUCUGUACCUCCACCAUGCAGACCCCAGGACCCGAGCACGAUGACUCCUUUGACUUCCUGUUUAAGAUCAUCCUGAUCGGAGACUCCAACGUGGGGAAGACCUGCGUGGUUCAGAAUUUCAAGUCGGGGAUUUUCGCAGAGAGACAGCAGAACACCAUCGGAGUGGACUUCACCGUGCGCACCGUGGACAUCGAGGGGAAGAAAGUGAAGAUCCAGGUGUGGGACACGGCAGGCCAGGAGAGGUUCCGUACGAUCACCCAGAGCUACUACCGCAGCGCUCAUGGCGCCAUGAUCGCCUAUGACACCACACGACGCUCGACCUUCGACUCGGUGACCCACUGGAUCAAGGAGGUGGAGCUGUACGGGGCAACCAAUGUCGUGCUGGUACUCAUAGGUAACAAAUGUGACCUGGAGGAGCAGCGUCAGGUUCAGUUUGAGGAAGCCUGCGAUCUGGCAAAGGAGAGAGGAAUACUGGCUGCUCUGGAAACAUCAGCAAAGGAGAGUCAGAACGUGGAAGAGGCCUUCGUGAUGAUGGCCAGAGAGCUGCUCUAUCGCAACGGCCUCAAUGUCCCGCAGGCGGACAUGACGAGUACACCUCGUUUUCUGCUCCGGGCCGACUCCCGGCCGGUUAACGGCGUCGCCAGUGCCUACACUCCACCAGAGAAGAAGUCAUGUUGCUGACACGAACCGUGGCUAUGGGACAGGGAGAGAUAAACGGUGACCGCUGUUGGAAAUGAAGGGUUGACAGAAGGCGAGGAAGCAGGCGAAGGACACCUUUAACAGUGAAUGUUGGAGAAGAGGCAUGGAAGAAGAUACAAAGAUGUGGAUUGUGGGCUCAAGAGCCAAGAAUGUUUAAAAGAUUACUGGACAGUAUUGAAGAUCUAUUGACUCAAUGUGCUCUUCUUUGACUUUCCUGACAUGGAGAGAAGCAGACAACCUGUUCAGCUGAUGCUGCAAGUGCAAGGAGGUCAAUGGUACGACCAGGCGUGUUUGCCACUGGGAGAAUAGGAGUAGGCGGUGAGUGGGCAUGGCUGCAAACACUGUUGUGGUUAAGUUACAGAAAGCCAAUCAACAUUUAAAGCAACCAUUUCUGGCCUGUGUUAUGUCAUUUAAAUGCCGUGGGACUGGUACCUAUUUUGUUCUAAGUUUGGACGAGCACAUGUGAUCAAGAAUCUGAAUUUGAAUAAAACCUGAAGCGUUAAUAUGACUCUUUGCCACAGAAUAUAAAGUGGUGUCUCCACCUGUUGGCUGACCUCAGCUAUCUUCAACACUCCCCGUUCAGGGCAGCACGAACACAAUGAAUUCCAUACUUGGCUUGUGUUUUCAUGUCUCCAUGCUCUACUGAUAAGACCCAAGCGACACACGAUGGUGUCUCUAUGAUGAGCUGUGAUCCCUGGAGUACCAGCUGGAAACCGGAAGACUGCGAAUUAUACAUUUUCGUUGGACUGUGACAGUUGUGUAAGGAUCUUACAUUGUCAGGCUGUGAAUGUCUUUAAACGUCUAAUGAGAUCACUCGACGGAUCUGGACGACAUUAGACAUGAAAAACUAUGAUUCUGCAGAGCCUCUACAACCUCCGUGCGUCUUGGGUUGGUUUCUAUGAGUCUCUGGAACUCUUCCUGGAAGGGUUUUCAUAAAGAUAUGCCAUAAUGUUAUUUGUUGAUGACUGUGUGCGUGGGGGGGUGUUGCCAGUCCAAAAUCUCUCUAACUCGGUUGAGAUCUGGCGAUUGCAAAGACCGCAGUAUAUGAUCCACAUCAUAUUCAUACAAAUAAAACCAUUCAUUGACCUCUUGCCUGCA